CAAACGGUUUUUUAAAUUUGCUAACCGGCGGAGCCUGUGAGUGAGAUUAUCCUAUUUUCUUUUUUGGCAACUUGGCAAGAUUCCCUCGGGCGCGCCAUAAGCGCGCGUUACAUUGCAGUAAAAAGGAUAAAAAUAGAAUAGUGUGUUGCGUGUUCGGACAUUUUUGUUUUCAAAUGACAUACAUACCGCGUCGCCUCAGUUUGCAUUUUAGAAAUCAAGUGAAAACUGUGAAGUGUGGACUAAAAUCAGUUACUGUAAACAUUGGACUGAUUUUUUUGUGGUGCGCUUCGGUUUAGAAAUAUACGCCUAUAUUUUGUUUCUUGUAUGUGUAUAGUAUAAACAGUGUGUGAAAUGGCUCAAGUGGAGCCUAUGGACGUUGAUAACAUCGCCAGUGACUCUGACGAUAAGGAGAACUCUUUACACAAUAUCAAUGUGUUCCCUAAGACCCCCAGUACAGAGAAAGGGUAUGAGGAACUUGAUGACUCUGAAUUCAAUAUGAAGUUAAGAUAUUCCAUCACUCCAGCCAAUUCUCCUAUGUCGCGAAGCUAUACAGCCAAUUAUAAAGGAGAUUCGGGUCCCAACAGCUUAAACAGUACUGUGGUUAUGGACAAUAAUUUGACCAGGUCACUCAACUCAACAGCAAUGAAAACUGAUGUACUCAAAUCCCCCAAGCUACCGUUGCAGGCUCUACCAACGAUCCUAUACACAAAAAGUGACAGAAGAUCCUGUGAUAGAGAAGGUAAUGUAACUGUAACUAUCUCUGGGACGGACAAUGAUGACAAUAUCUCAUUGCCAAGUACAUCAUCUUCAGCUGUUCAAACACCAGAAGCUACAACACCAACUAAAGAGAUACCCAAAAGUGAUGGGUCACCUAUAAUGAGGGGUCUGAAAAGUGUAUUAAGUAUGUUCAGAUCAUCACACAGUCCUAACCCACCAUCUGAAGAUGAUGCCAGCCAUGAAAACGAAUGCCAUAAGGAUCCAGCAAAAGAUAGCUCACCAAAUUCUUUAGUAACAGCUUCUACACCUUAUAGCAGCACAGUAGAAGAUAAUAUUAACACCUCAAAACACACCUCAGAAGUUGUUCCCAUUCAUGAAAAUCCAUACCUUGAGACUCCAGCUAAAGAAACAGCAGUAACAGGUUCAAUAAACUCUCAACUGGUAUCCUCCACACCAAUUUCUAACAGCUAUAUUAAAUGCUCAAAAGAUUCUUCAAAAAGAAACAGCCCCUUAAAAGAAAGUGUAGUUUUUAAUGAAGGUUUGGAAAGAGAAUUGAAUUGGCAAGAGACUGAAAUAUUUUUCAAGCAUGAAAAAAUACCCAUACAUAAGACAUUGUUUCAAUCUAGUCCAUUAAAUAUUGAUUCAAAUCCAGAAUUAUCUGUGAAAAAUAGUGAUAUGGGUAAAAUAAACACUACAGUCGAGUAUAUGGAUGUUUCUACUGCAGAUCUUUCAUAUAAAUCAGUCUUAGAAGAUAAAAUUUUAAAUGAUAUUGACACUAAAAUAGUUUUCAAUGAAAUGAGUGGUGUUGACUCUGACAAUGAGUUUGUAGAUUGUGAGACGACAUUUACGAGAACUAAAUCAUACAUACUUGAAACUGCACCAGAAAAUAAAAUAUCGCCAGUAGUGUUUCAAACUGAUAAUAUACCUCAUGAGGUAUGCCUUGAAGAGUUCAUUGAACCCUUUAAUAAGUCAAACAAAAUUAAUGAUAAUGAAAUAGUAGCUGAUAAUAAAACAACAGAAUUAAUAGGACAAUCAUUCACCAUUGCAACAAAUAGUUUAACAUCUGAAACACCUCUAGAUGACCUCAACAAUCUGCCUGAAGCUUCGGAAUUUGCCAUACAGAAUGAUUCAUGUAAACCAACUGUAGAAAUGACUAAUAAAGCAUUCCCAGAGGUCAUUGAAACCACUAAUUUACCUGCCGAAUUCCCUGUUAAAGACCAUAUCACCCAAGAUGAUGUCACUCUUAAUGAUAGUAAUAUUAUCAGUUCUGUUUCACCUUCAAAUAAUUCUUGUACUACAAAAAUCCAUCAAUCUCAGGUCCUUGAAAAUAUUAAUGUAUCUCUUGAAAAGUAUAUAGAAAAUGAUCUUACAUGUUCAGUAGCUACAAGCCAAUCAUACAUACAGCAGUCCGUACAGGAUAACAAAGCAUCGAUCACUCAAAUCACUAAUGACAUUAAAGAUCCCAAGAAUUUCGAAAUUGAAAUAACUACAAGUGCACCAAAUCUACCUACUAAUAACAUGAUUAUCAAAGACGAAAAUGCAAUAAAUUUAGAUACUGAUGAUGGCAAUACAACCCGAAUAUUAUUUAAAAUUGAUGAACUUUUAUUGAACAAAAUAAACUUAGCUAAUCUUGAAAAUGACAUUGUUUCAAAUAAUACUGAAAAAUUAGAUAUGGAAUUUGAAAAGGCAUCAAAAAUUUCAGAUUUUAAUAUCUUUAAUACCAGUGAAGAAUGUUCCCCGGAUGAAAAUGGAGCAACGAAUGAUACUGUAAUUAUCACAAAUAAUGAAAACAUAAAUGAAGAUAUCAGAAACUCGAUUGAAAUGGAUCAAAUAUCCGAAAUAAUUGAAGAAUUAAAUGAAAAGACAUUAGUUUCUGACGAUUAUGCAGAUGAGUAUAGUAAGUUAAAUACAACAAGCACUAAGAAUAAGGAAGUAAUUGAAAAAGUUCAUUUACAAAAUAACGAAAUUGACAAGACUUCUGAAUAUAACAUGAAUGUAGAUGUAAACAUUCGUGAUUCAUUUCACUUACCUAAUGAAAAAGAAAACAUUGCAGCAGAAUGUGAGUUAAAUAUUUGUAAAGGUGAAAAUAAUGAAGAACCUAUCACAAGUUUAAUAAAUAAUCACAUUAUGCCAUGUAUACAAAAAACUGAAAGUACUCUAGAUAUAGCUAUGGACAGUUUAGAACCUGAUUUGAAUUUAAUAAAUAAUCAUCUGACAUUUGAAAGAAAUAAAACAGACACCCAUGCAGAGGUAGACUAUAGUAGAAGUGAGCAAAAUUACAUUGACACCAAAUCAGAACUUAAUAAAGACAUUGAUUUGAAGAACCAUUCGCCUAUCAAUAUACCGCUUCCAAAUGAUGAUGAAAUUGAAAAAGAUAGUUUACUAGAUCUGUGUUCUGUCAAAAAUAAAAAUUACGUUGGAGUAAUGUCAGAAAUCGAAAGCGAAAAAACAGUUUCUGUUGCAAAGAUUGCUAGUAACACUGAAAACACCAAAGAAGCUAUAGAUAAAACUAUCUCAUCCAAACCAUUCCAAUUACUUGAUGAUCCAAAUUUAAAUAUUUCACGCAAUGAUACUUUUAAUUCGUCUCUGGACAAAUUUCAAACUAAUUCCAAUUUAGAUGUUGAGAUGGCAACAGUGAAAAGUGAUAUUAUUCAUGAUAUACCAUUUGCUCAGUUAUCGACUAAUCUAACAUCAUGUUUGCAAGAUUUGAAUAUAGACACAAGUAACAAAGAAUCGCAACAAAUGCCUGCAAGAACAAAUGAAAUUAUUAACUUUAACAAUACCUUUACUAGUUCAGAGGUAGAAAAUCAGCCAGAGAUAAAUAUUAAACCAACGGCUACACUCCCAGAUGUUGUUCAAGCAGUAAAAAAUAUAGAAAAAGAUGAUCUAGAAAUAAAAACAGACAUAUUAAAUGAAAAGAUACAUGCACAAGAUAAUAUAAAUGCUAAAGUUUUUGACGAUGAAAUCGUGACCUCUGCAAAUAACAGCCCUUAUGUAUCAGUAAGUGAAUUGAAUUUAACUUCCAAUGUACCUGCUAAUGAUUUGGAAACACCGCCUGAGACAGAAAUUAAAAUAACCAGUUCUCCUCCAAUUUCUCCGAAAUUCUCCAGAAAAGGAUAUAACAUUAACUUUGACGAAAUUGAGAAUCCAUUCGCAACAAAAACAAACAUUAGAAUGUCACCUCCACCCGGAACACCAAAUAGAUCCUUCACACAAGUAAAUAAUAACCAAAAAAAUAUAGAAAUGGCAAGAAGACCACCAAAUAGACGAAUGUCUCAACCAGAGGGAAAGAAACCUGAGGCUAAUAAAAAGCAAUUUAACUCAUCCAUAGAUAGACUGAAGAGGGGUAAAGCUAAAAGGUCCAGUAAUACAGUAGACAUUGAGAAGAAUAUUAUAAAUGAAAAUAAAAAUGUGGAUAAUGUCAACAAUUUAGCUUCAAAAGAAGAAGAUAUUCAAAAAGAGAUUAGUCCUUCUUUAGAAAGUGAGAUUGAUUAUACUCAUACUGCAACACUUACUAAAACUUCGUCAGAUUUUGAAAAUCAAUCAAUUUUGUAUAAAUCCAAUGAAAAUAUUAUUUCAACUGAACAAAAUGUAAAUGAUAAUCCGGAACCAAAAAUCAUUUUUGAUGGAUCAGAAAUUGAUGAUAUGAACUUUAAUCCGUUUGCCACAAAAUCAAGAAUUUGUGCGACACCACCACCAAUAGAAUUCAAAGAGCCUUUGAACGUCAGAAAUGAUACUGAAAUUGCAUCAGAUAACAUAAUUGGAAACAAAUUUAAAACUGAGCAACUGAAUGUAUGUAUUGAUAAUAAUAAAAAUGGAACAAUUUGCAUUGAAAAUAGUGCCCAAAAUGAAGUGAAAGUUUUGUCUAACACAAGCAACAUAACUUCUUCAUCAAUAAACACUGAAGACAAAGAUGUAAGUAUUCGUGUACUCAACACCGAAGACGAGGAUACAAUUGAGGGACCGUUUUUCGAGGCUGAGGAUUUGGACGACGACGUCAAAGUGCCGGAAAUCGAAAAAGACAUUUUGCAAUGUGAAGCUUUACCUGCAACUUCAAACAACGAAGAUAUAGAUAAUCGUGAACUUUUCAUCGAUGCUGAGGCAUUCGAAUUCUUACUAAAUCAAAACAAAAGCAAUGUUGUAGCAGACAGUGGUAAAGAAAGCCUGUUCCUUAAAUUUGAUCCACUUUUUGCUAAAAGAGUUUCAUCGGAUGGUGUCCUAGCUGCUUUGAGUACAAUUCAAAAGAGACAAAGUACACCAAAAAAAUUAUCGAGGGCGCCUUUAGUAAAAUUAGCACGAGAUGAAAAACCUAUGGCGGGUCCUUCUAAUGUUGCGUCUAUGCCUGAAUUAAACAAUGAAGAAAUAAUAAGUACUGUGUCCAAACCUAUGAUGGUAGUAAAUCCUGCUAUGGCCAAGCAGCCAGUUGCUACUCCAAGAAUAUCACUUACUCCGAAAUCGAAUAGACAAUCUUUAAAUUUCGCAUCUCCUGCCAUGGUUGUUAUCGACAGGUUGCUAUCUCUGAGUGGUAAUACAUCUCUAUUAGACCAGGAUGUUACGGCGGAUGCCAGUACAAACCACGAGGCUAAUAUUGUUCUUGUUCAACUUAGAGAACUAUUAGCAGAGAAGGAACUACACGUUUAUAGUUUGAAAUGCGAAAGUAAAGAAUUAAGAGAGAGAUUAAUCACAUUAGAGUCACAAGUGAGAAGUUUAGAGAACGACGGCGAGGAAAGAUUAAAAAAAGUCAAUAUGUUAAAUGAACGUUUAGCUGAGAAGACAAAAAUUAAUAAGAGCAUGGCCAUUGUCGUAGAAGAGUAUGAGAGGACUAUAGCUAGUUUGGUCGCUGAAAUGGAGCAAGACAAGAAGCGGAACGCAGAAGAAAGGAUGAGGUUAAUCAAUGAGAGGGACGAGCAAACAGCCCAUUUGGCUAGUAUGGAGGGAUCCUUUAGUGAUUUGCAUAGCAAGUAUGAAAAAUGCAAACAAAUUAUACUGAACAUGAAAGCAAACGAAGAUAGUUAUAAGAGAUCGUUUAAAGAAUUUGACGAAAAUCUGGUGAAAAUGCAAAAGAAUUACGAUUUGCUAAAACAGCACGCGACAUCGAAGUUGAACCAUGCCAAUCAGGAGCUAGAGAAACUGAACAAAGCGCAUGACGCCGAAGUACUAAAACUGACCGCUAUUAUAAAACGCAAAGAGUUGCACAUAACGUCUUUAGAAGAAUCUCUCACUCAGAAGAGUAAAGCUAAUGAAGAGUUAGCUGCGAUUUGUGACGAACUCAUCAAUAAAGUUGGAUGAGUUAUACAAACAGUUGUCAUAUGAGUAGUCACUUAGAUGUAGAGAGAGAGACCCUGUGAUCUCGACUGUUUUUUGAGCUUGUGCACUUAUUUGAAGAUAAGUUGCAUUAAGUUUAAAAUCUACCAGCGAAUUUAAAGUCGUGCCUUCAAAAUAUACUAUUAAUAAGCAAGACUGCCGAU